UUGUUGAAGACAGUGUUUCCUCUUCAGUCACAUAUUAAUCUGUGCUUCAGUCCAUAUUAGGACGUCGUUGUUGACGUUUAACUAGGUCAGUGCAUGCCUGAAAAUAAAUAAUUUUUCAAAUGAAUCUCGAGAUUACUGCCAUAAUAAAAGUCAAUACUAAUUCAUGAGAAAGAAUAUACCCACCCAAAGCUAAUUUAUGAAAUAAUAUAAAGCCUUUGAAGAAGAGAAAAGUGAAGAUCUAACCGAUGGGAACUUAGAAGUAAAAUUUAUCAGCUGUCCGAAACUUACCGAAGGCACAGUGGCGUCGGUAUUUAGAAGGGGGUUUAUUAUUUGAAUGAAUAAAUAUGUGUGAUUUCGGAAGAUAUUAUUAUAUAUAGUUGAAAAAAAAACACUCCUUUCAGUUUACUAGCGAAAAUUAGCAGUUAUGUCUGAAAAUCCUGUUUGUGCGUGAGCAGAAAAAAUGGAUUUAAAAGAGAUACUGAAACAAAAACUUGAGAAAACAGCUUCACAAAUCAGUUCAAGUGAAAAUGAACAGAUGGAAGAAAAAUAUUUCAAACAAUAUCUUGCAGAGUGGAAAAUAACAAAGGCACCUCCAGAACGAGGCAUCCCGAAGUUCUUCAAUAAACUCCCUAAAGAGAAUGAACCCCUGCGGUCGAAACUGAGAGAAGAAAGUCGUUCUAACCUUCUCAAAAGAAGAAGUUCAGAGUUAUUAGAUAAUAAUGAACUGAAAGAGCUUUGGACACUUCUUGAUCAAAAUCAAAGUUUUUCGGAGGAACAGUUAAUCACAUAUAGUGAUUUCCAAAAAGUUGCUAAUUCGGUGGGCCCCAAAGUCAAACCAUAUUUUACCCCUAUUGUAUUUGCAAAGCUCCAGCAAGGUGACCCACAUGGAAGAGUGUCGAUAAUGUCACUCUUCAACUAUGUUAUGAGGAAAGUGUGGCUUGAUCAGACUAGAAUUGGUUUGUCCCUGUAUGAUGCCACUGGGCAAGGAUAUCUUACAGAAGCAGAUUUGGAAUCAUACAUUACUGAACUCCUACCUACUCUACCACAACUUGAAGGGCUUGAGAAGUCUUUCCAUAGUUUUUACGUGUGCACAGCAGUGCGAAAAUUUUUGUUUUUUCUUGAUGUUGUUAGAGCUGGGAGAGUGAGAAUUCUUGACAUUCUAGCCUGUUCAUUUCUUGACGACCUAUUAGAACUUCGAGAUGAAGAAGUGAGCAAAGAGUUACAAGAACAAAACUGGUUUAGUGCUCCUUCAGCACUCCGCAUUUAUGGACAUUAUUUGAACUUAGAUAGAGAUCAUAACGGCAUGUUAAGCAAGGCUGAAUUAGCUGGUUAUGGUUCAGGCACUUUAACCAAACCAUUUUUAGAUAGAGUAUUUCAAACAUGUUUAACCUAUGGUGGUGAAAUGGAUUAUAAAACUUAUUUAGAUUUAGUACUUGCCUUAGAGAACAGAAGCGAACCACAAGCUCUGGCCUAUCUUUUCCGAAUAUUGGAUAUAAAAAAUGGUGGUUAUUUAGAUUCAUUCACACUGAAUUAUUUUUUCAGAGCAAUUCAGGAUCAGAUGAAAGCUCAUGGCGCAGAACCUGUAUCUUUUCAAGACGUUAAAGAUGAGUUGUUUGAUAUGGUGAGACCCAAAGAUCCACAGAAGAUAACCUUGGCUGAUUUACUAGCUUGUGGUCAAGGCGACACAUUUGUCAGUAUCUUGAUAGAAUUUCAUGGAUUUUGGGCUUACGAGAAUCGUGAAGCUUUGUCAUCAGAACCUUCACAAGAUUAAUGUGAUAUUGUUUGAGAUGUAUAUUUUUGUACUUUUUAAAUAAAUUUGUCUGUAUAGUUCC